GCUGGCAGAAAGCUAAUGCUUCAUCCUGACAUGACGUGAGCUUUCGAUGCACCGAACUGCUGCUCUUUUAUUUCAUUCUUUUUUUACUUCGGUGUGAAAUUUCCGAGUGGAGUCUUUGCUGCUUUGUGCGUCUGUGAGCACCAGAGAGAACUCUGCGUGUGUUUCCGUCUGUAUGUGUAUGUGAGAGAGAAAGAGAGACUGUGUGUGUGAGAGAGAGAGAGAGAGAGAGAGAGAGAGAGAGAGAGAGAGAGAGAGAGAGAGAGAGAGAGAGAGAAAGAAAGACAGAGAGAGCAGGGCUCUAAGAGUGUGCUGGAGGAUGGAGAGGAAGACAAGGAUGGUGCACUCAGGAUGCAUACGGCUCUUCUGGAUCUUCAACAUCAGCAUCAGUGUGCACGCUGCUUCUCCAUUCACACAGAAAUGUGAUGAUGCACUGGCAACAUCCCUUUCCCAUAGUGCCUUCAGCAGCUCAUCAGUGUUCAGCAUCGGCUAUGCUCCAGAAUACGCCAAACUGAACAGGAGAGGAGGUGCUGGAGGCUGGUCUCCUCUGGACACUGAUCAUUACCCGUGGCUGCAGGUAGACCUGGGCAACAGGAAGCAGGUGACCGCUGUUGCAACUCAGGGUCGAUACAGCAGCUCAGAUUGGACCUCACACUACAGGUUGCUCUACAGUGACACGGGAAGGAACUGGAAACCUUACAAUCAGGAUGGAAACAUCUGGACAUUCACAGGAAACUCAAACACAGAGAGUGUGGUUCGACACAAUCUUCAGCACACCAUCGUGGCCCGAUUUCUAAGCUUUAUUCCGCUGGACUGGAGUGAAGAAGGACGAAUAGGCCUGAGGAUAGAGAUCUAUGGCUGCUCAUACUGGGCCGACGUGAUUAACUUUGACGGCCAGGGCGUGAUCUCUUACCGUUUCAAGAUGAAGAAGAUGAAGAUUCUGAAGGACGUGAUAUCGUUGAAGUUUAAGACGGCUGAGAGCGAUGGGGUGAUCCUGCAUGGCGAGGGUCAGCAGGGUGAUUACAUCACACUCGAGUUGAAGAGAGGAAGACUGCUGCUCCAGAUAAACCUGGGCAGCAACCAGUACGGCUCCAUCCUGGGUCACACGUCGGUGAGCAGCGGCAGCCUGCUGGAUGAUCAUCACUGGCACUCGUUGGUGAUCGAGCGUUACAAGAGAAACGUCAACUUCACCCUAGACCAGCACACGCAGCAUUUCCGUACCAACGGAGAGUUUGACCACCUCGACCUCGACUACGAGAUAAGUUUUGGAGGGAUGCCAUACUCGGGUAAACCUGUCUCUGGAGGCCGGAGAAAUUUCAAAGGCUGCAUGGAGAGCAUCAUUUAUAAUGGUGAAAACAUCACAGACUUGGCUAGGAGAAAGAAAGUGGACACAUCCAGCUUUCGCAACUUGACAUUCUCCUGCCUGGAAUCUCACACCUUUCCUGUUUCCUUCAAUGCCACAAGUUUCCUGCAGCUGCCAGGUAGAAGGGAGAACAACAUGGUGUCUUUGAGCUUCCAGUUUCGUACUUGGAACUCUAACGGCCUGCUCGUGUUCAGUGCCCUGGUUGACGGCAUGCUGGAGCUCACGCUGAGAGAUGGCAAAAUCACAGCGCAUCUCAGCAUCACACAGCAGAAGAACUCGGGUGUGGACAUGACGUCAGGCUCCGAUCUGAAUGAUGGAGAAUGGCACGAUGUUCACUUCUUGGCCAAAGAAAAUUCUGCUAUGCUAAUCCUCGAUGGGGACGAAGCUUCUGCUGUGAGAACCAAUAUGCCCUUCCAGAUUACAACUGCAGGAACGUACCACUUUGGAGGUUACUUCCUGCAGACCCAGGUGUCUCCGUCGCAGCGCUCGUUUCAGGGCUGCAUGCAACUCAUCCAGGUGGACGAUCAGCUGGCUGACCUGGUGGCAGUGGAGCGGGGCAUGCUGGGAGCAUUUGAGAAUGUCAGCUUGGACAUGUGUACCAUCAUAGACAGAUGUCUGCCUAAUCACUGUGAGCAUGGAGGAAGUUGCACUCAGACCUGGGACUUUUUUAGCUGCUCCUGUGAUGGCACUGGAUACACCGGAGCCACCUGUCACACAUCUUUGUAUGAGCAGUCGUGUGAAGCAUACAAGCACCUGGGAAAAUAUUCCGACGUCUACUGGAUUGAUCCUGAUGGCAGCGGACCUCUAGGACCCUUCAGAGUCUUUUGCAACAUGACAGAGGACAAGGUAUGGACGACGGUGGUGAACAGUCUGCCAGCUCAAACUGCCGUAUCCGGUUCGAGCAGGGACAGACGGAGUGUGCUACAGCUGAACUACAGCGCAACCAUGGAGCAGAUUGGCGCCGUUACAGAUUCUGCAGAUCACUGCGAGCAGCACAUCACCUACACCUGCCGCUCAUCACGCCUGCUCAACACGCCAGGUGGUACACCAUACACAUGGUGGGUUGGCAGAGGAAAUGAAAAACACUUCUACUGGGGUGGCUCAGUGCCAGGGGUCCAGAAAUGCUCCUGUGGCAUCGAGCGCAACUGCAUCGACCCCAAACACCACUGCAACUGUGACGCAGAUCAGAAACAGUGGAGAGAGGAUUCAGGGUUUCUGAUGUAUAAGGACCACUUACCUGUGAGUGAGGUGGCUGUAGGAGACACAAAUCGACCCAAGUCAGAAGCCAAGCUCACCGUAGGACCUCUGCACUGUCACGGAGACCGUAGUUACUGGAAUGCAGCUUCAUUCAACACACCAACCUCCUACCUGCACUUCCCCACUUUCCGAGCUGAAAUGAGUGCUGAUAUCUCUUUUUACUUCAAGACCUCUGCGCCUCAUGGGGUUUUCCUGGAGAACCUGGGCAACACAGACUUCAUCCGGCUGGAGCUGAAAUCACCCAAUGUCAUUACCUUCUCGUUCGAUGUGGGAAACGGGCCGGUGGAGCUGAAAGUUCUCUCACCGACACCACUAAAUGAUGACCAGUGGCAUCGAGUCAGCAGCGAGAGAAACGUCAAGGAGGCCGUGCUUCAGCUGGAUCAGCAAUAUAAACAGGUUCGAGCUGCACCUGCACAGGGACACGCACGCCUGGAGCUGUACAGCCAGCUGUAUGUGGGUGCAGCAGGAGGACAGAAAGGCUUCCUAGGAUGCAUCCGAUCUUUGAAGAUGAACGGCGUGACUCUGGACCUGGAAGAAAGAGCAAAAGUGACUCCCGGAGUCAAACCGGGCUGUUCGGGUCACUGCACCAGUUUCGGGAUGUAUUGCCACAACAGGGGGAAAUGUGUAGAGAAAUACAAUGGCUACUCGUGCGACUGCAGCAACACGGCUUAUGAGGGACCUUUCUGCACAAAAGACGUGGGCGCUUACUUUGAGGCAGGGACUAUGGUUUGGUAUAAACUAAUGCCGGAAGGGAAGGAUUUGACCCAAUCGUCACCCACAGAUGUGAACCUGACUCAAGAAGUCGUGACCUUCAGCUUCAGCACAACGAGCACUCCCAGCAUCCUCCUGUACAUCAGCUCGAGGAUCCUCGACUACAUGGCAGUGGUGCUGCAACACAAUGGUUCUCUCCAACUGCUUUAUAACCUCGGUGGUCUGCCCGAGCCCUUCGCUGUCGAUCUGGAUCAGCGCAAUUUAGCCAACGGUCAGCCCCAUAGCAUCAACAUCACGCGGAUAGAAAGAGAAAUCUACGUCCAACUGGACCACUAUCCUUCUGUCAGUUACACCUUGCCGGAAGCCUCAGACACUGACUUUAAUUUGGUCAAGACUCUCUUCCUAGGAAAAGUUUAUGAAACUGGUCCCAUCAACCCACUGCUAAUAGAGAAGUAUAACACUCCUGGCUUUGUAGGCUGUCUGUCCAGAGUGCAGUUUAACAACAUCGCUCCUUUGAAGGCGGCUCUUCGUCCACAUCUCACUGUCUCCGUCUCGCAUCAAGGCAAAUUGGUUGAGUCCAACUGCGGUGCGUCUCCACUCACCGUCUCACCGAUGUCUGCUCAUACUGACCCCUGGAACCUAGAGGGAGGCGCUGACUUUCCCUUCAAUGAAGAGCGAGUCAUAUCAGCUGGGUUGAACAGGAAUUCAACAAUAAUCGGAGGCGUCAUUGCAGUUGUGAUCUUCACCAUUCUGUGCACUCUGGUCUUCUUGGUUCGCUACAUGUUCCGCCACAAGGGAACAUACCACACCAAUGAAUCCAAAGGGGCCGAACGCUCCGAAUCAGCCGAUACGGCCAUCAUCAACGCGGAGCCCCAUUUCACAGAGGCCCUCGAAGAAAAUAAGAAGGAGUGGUUCAUUUAAUAAUAACGCUUUCACCCUCAUUGAGGAUGAGAACAAAAUGUAAAAUGCUGUAAUGAUAUAUGGAGGUAUAUGGCUGUGCAAGGAUUGAUGUCUGUUUUUGCACUGGCCCAGACUGUAUAAUUUGUAGAUGAAUGAAAUAGUGGCUUAAUGGGACAGGCAACCAAAGCAGGUCCAAAAAAGCAAGAUGUGCACCAAUGGGGAACAAAAGUGUGCCAGUUAUCUGUCUUUUAUUCUAGACUUUUUCCAAAGCAAAUCGAGGCAAAGUGCACGAGGGCACGGUCACAGAUCACACGAUGGACUCUCCGACAGACUCUGUAAAUGUGGAGCAGGGGUACAAUCUGGAAUUUGCUUGUUUUCUUUUUUUAACAUGUAUUUUAUAUAUUGUGCACUUUUUUUGAUCAGGGAAAACCAAAUGGCUUUGUUAAUUUGUUAUUAAUUUGUCAUAAUUGGCCACUGACGGACCAUUUAAUUCGAUUACUAAAUAACUAUCCUGUAGCCAUGGACGUUAAUUGCACUUUUGUGUAUAGAAUAAAUACAUAUAAUGAGCUGAAACAGAACCAGCUAUGACAGGAAAUAAAGUAUUUGU